CUAACUAAUGUACUAGUGGCAGUGGUAGUUAAGUUAGUGGCAGUCUCACUCCCCACGCUUACUCCUAAUUUCUUCACAUCUCAUCUUACUCCCCCCAUCCUCUCCCACCCACCAAUUUCACCCUCACAACGAAGGACUACACAAUGACCGACAACACCACCGAAAUCCAAGGCUUCGCCUCCCGCCGCAACAACACCUGCCUCGCCGACGAGGUCAGCUGCGGCCGCACCUGGGACACCUGGUACGCCUGCUGCCCGUCGGGUUCCUACUGCCCCGGCAGCAAGGUCAGCAUCCCCAAUAACGUCUGCUGCCCGAGCUGGACCGACUGCACCGCCCAGAUCGAGGACCCGCCCGUGUGCGCCGACGCCCAGUGGGCCCUGUACAACUACAGCGGGUAUUUCUGCUGCGAGGGCGAUACCCAAGGGUUUGGGGUGAAGAAGGAGACGUGGGUCGGGUGUGCGCCGGCGGGAUUUCAGGGGGAUGCGUCGUUUUCGGCGUUGAAUGUCAUUGCGCAAGGUAUUUCGUUCCAUCCUCCCUGCACUGGGGUUUGGGGGUUAUCCGGGAUAUGAGUCUGAGGGCUAAGGGGUGUUUUGGGUGGUGUUGGCUUAGAAACGACUGCGACUGCGAGCGCGAGUGCGACUGCUAGUUCGGGUACAGCGACGAUAACAGGAACUGCAACGACGACUGGAACGAGCGGGGCG